AUGGCGCAGAGAGACACCUUCCCUAUUGCCUAUUACGAUGAGAGCGGCGUAUGGCCUUUGCUGCUUCCUGAGGUUGAGCAGCGGCUGCCUCUUGAGCCGUUAGUGCUGCGAGGGUUUAGCAGCAGCAGCAGCAGCAGCAGCAGCAGCAGCAGCAGCAGCAGCAGCGGUGCUCCUGUAUAUUUGUCGUUUGAGCGAGAGAGUCUCUCAGCAUAUACUUCUGCUGCAGCAGCAGGAGGAGCAGCAGGAGGUGCAGGAGGAGCAGCAGCAGCAGCAACACCAGCAGCAACAGGUGCUCCUGCUGCUCUAUCUGCAGCACAAAAAGCAGCAGCAGGAGCUCUUGCCUCCCUAGGUGUAAAUGUAGGUGCAGCAGCAGCAGCACUUGCUGCUCCCUCCUCCUCCUCCUCCUCAGCAGCAGCAGGAGGUGCAGCAGGAGGAUCUAUAGGAGGAGUAGGAGUAGGAGGAUCUGCUGCUGCUGCUGCUGCUGCUGCAGCAGCAGCAGCAGCAGCAUCACCAAAUAUACUAUGGACAGCAGGAGAGAGACCAUUUGUACAUGUGCUGCUGCUGCAGCACGAAGGUAUUGAGGUGUAUAGGCAGCAGCAAAGACGCUUGCUGCGCCAAUGGAUAGAGAAGCAGCAAGAGCAGCACGAAGAGUUUCUUGUUGCUGCUGUUGCUCCCCUCAGCAGCAGCAACGAGGCAGCAAAUAAGCAGCAAAAAAAAUUUAUAGAUAAAAUAAAAAAUGAUCUAGGCUAUAAGGAUAGGAUCCUUCGUCUCCCCGUGGGAUCGAUCGAUCCCAGCCAACAAACAUUAGCGCAGCAGCUAUGGAAGGCCUUUUUUCUUCGUCUAAGGGAGGCCUUAACGAGUGCAGUUGAGUAUCGUAUAUUAUUAGCAGAGGACGUGCUGCAGCGUCUCCAGCAGCAGCAGCAGCAGCAGCAGCAGCAGCAGCAGCAGAAUUGGGGUAUAUUAGCAGCAAAAGAUGCCCUCUCCUGUCUCCUUGGUAAAUGCGGUCGUUAUGCAGAGGCAUUAGAUGUCCUUUAUUCAUUAAAUACCCCUAAAUUGUCUCUUCCUUCCUUCUCCCCUCCUGCUGCUGCUGCUGCUCCUGUUGCUGCUGCUGUUGCUGCUCCUGCACCAGCAGGAGCAGCAACAGCAGCAGCAGCAGCAGCAGCAGCAGCAACAGCAGCAUCUGGUGGUACAACAUCAACAACCCAAGGAUCCCCGCCAACCCCGUCAACAGAAUCAGCAGCAUCUGCUGCAGCAGCUGCUGCUGCAGCAGCAACAGCAGCAGCAGCAGCAGCAGCAAAAGAAUUAUCUGUAGGAGGUACAGAUGGAUUACCUCUUCUUGCAUGUAAUUGGCGUGCAUGCAGCAUCAGCAGUAGCAGUAGCAGCAGCAGCAGCAGCAGCAGCAGCAGCAGCAGCAGCAAGAUGUCUUCUUGUGGUGUACUAAAGACACGGGAAUAUAUAUAUAAUAAGGAAGCAAUAUUAUUAAUUAAAUUAAAUAAGAUAGAGGAAUUAGGUAAUAAAGGAUUAAUUCUUUAUAAAUCUGCUGCUAAGGAAGCAGCAGCAGCAGCAGCUAAUGCAGCAGCAGCAGCAGCUAAUUAUCCUGCUGCUGCUGCAACAGCAGCAGCAGCAGAGGAGACACAAGAAAUUUAUAUUAAGGUCUUAUGUUGGGCUGUCUUAGGUUCCCUUAAUCUCGCCAACUUUAUAACAGCAAAAUGUAUGAACAGCAGCGAGUCUUUAGCUGCCAAGGAGUCUGACGAAUCUGCUUCUUCCUCAGCAGCAGCAGCAGCAGCAGCAGGAGCAGCAGGAGCAGCACGAUCAUCAUCAUCAUCAUCAUCAUCAUCAUCAUCAUCAACAGCACCAACAGCAGGAGCAGGAGGAGGAGGAGGAGGAGGAGGAGGAGGAGGAGGAGAAGGAGAGACAGGAGACAGUAAUGUAGUUAAGAAUGUAUUUGUCUCCUCUUUCCCUUUGCUGCGUCGCCCUACCUCUGCUGUUGCUAAGACAUGGACAAGAUUUGCGCCUACACAUCUAACUUUCUUACCAUCAAGGAGACAGUUAGGGAGGACACGCAGCAGCAGCAGACCUAAGGAGGAGCAACAGCAGCAACAGCAGCAACAGCAACAUCAACAGCACCAAGAAACAAAUCCUCAUCAUCAAUAUUCGCAUCAGCAGCAAAUGCAGCAGCAACAGCAGCAAAUGCAGCAGCAGCAGCAGCAGCAGCAGAGACACCGCACACUUUUCCGUACAGGAAGAGAUGCAGCAAGAGAAGAAGGCAGCAACACUCCCCCUCGUAGGAGCUGCAGCAGGGGAAGAGACCGUCAUAUAGACAGCAGCAGCAGCAGCAGCAGCAGUAGUAGUGAUGGAGACACAGCAGCAGGACAAGCAAAAAGUGCUGCUGCUCUCUAUACAUUUGCUGCGCAGCUGCUGCAGCGUCUUGCUGCUCUUAGGACACCGCAGCAAUGGGGUGUCUCCUCUUCUUUAUUUAUUAAUAAUAACCAACUGUCUC